AUGGACCCGUUGGUCCGAACUAUUGAUUUUCUCAUUGCUGUUGAUUCACCAUUGGUAUGUCAUGCUUACUUCAAUAGAUGACGUUCCCGUGACCAUGAUUCCUAUCUUAGCUUUAAUAUCCAUAGAAAUUCGAGUUUCUUCUCAUUACAGACGCAGUACUUUAACUAUGAUGAGUCGAAAAUUCGGUCAGCUGUUGUCACUUUAAUGCACUCUGUUAGCGCGGUAAAAGUACUUAAAUCGUAUUCAAAUCAAGGUCAAUUUACAGUAUCUGUACCCAUUGAAAAUCCGCGUGGCUUUGGCGGAGAUCGUGCCAAUAAAAGGUUACAAUCUUUCUCUAGAUGAUUUUGGAUCAUGGAAAAAAGCACAAAACCAUCAGGUCUCUCAUAAACGACAAAAAAAAACGAUUGAAAGACUUUCAGGCAGCACACGACAUAGCUGUGCUAUUGCGAUAUAAACACGAGGGAGGAAUUGCUUACGUAAAUGGAGUUUGUUCGGUCAAUUCUAUAGCUGUGGCAGGCGUGAGUUUGGAAUUUUUAACGAAUUGUAAAAGCUAAAGAGAAAAUUAUUCUGAAAAAGAAACUUAACGACUUGGUUGGUGCAUUGGAAGAACAGAUAAAAACAGAUAAAAAGAGCUCGUUUGUGGAACGAAAAAAUGUUGGAGUAAUAUUAAAAAGGGAUAAACUACAGUUCACACCAGAAGCAACAUCAAAAAACGCGUGGCUGUUCAUACACGAAGUGGCUCAUGUGCUUGGACUUUCGCACGAGGCCCAAGCGACGUGUUCCUGUGUGCAAAAGCAGCCCGGAGAGUGUCUACGUUUAAAGUGAGCCACCAGAGAAGCUCGCAGAAUAGCGAAGAAAACGCGCUCCAGCUAGCUAUUUUUUUGAACUUAUCCUAAUGGUUUUCGAAAUUUUCUUUUUUUUACAGAAUGGAGAUAUCAAGAAGCUCAAGCUGCAAAAAAAUGUUUAUAAGUUCCUGAAAGAUCAAAUGUGCUGCUGCUCAUUUUUUUUUUUUGCGAAAAUGAAAUUUUUGGAUAUUGCUUAUUCUAUUUCUGGAAAUUCCUAGGUUUUUAUGAAUAUGGACUCAGAAAUCUUAUAUUCUCGUACAAUAAAAAAAGAUUUUUUUCAGAGGAUUUGAAGAGUGCAGUGCUCAGCAGUUGGCGGAUCUGUUACCCAAACACCGAUGUUUGGAGCCAAAUAACCGUUUGAGAAGGCCUAUUGUCUCUCUUUGUGGGAACGGAAUCAAAGAGUUUGAAGAAGAAUGCGACUGUGGACCAGAGAAGUUUGAUUCCUUUUUUUUUGUUAUUUUUUUAUUUGCUUGCUCAGUAGUCGCGUUAGCUCACGGGAUUUAAAUUUCGAAAAUCUUCUCGAAAAUAAUAUUUUUUCCAACUAAAAAUAAAGAACAAAAAGGUUACACAAAGAAGCUUAAAUUCCCGAGAAAUAAUCCUAAAUCUUGAGGUGGUGUGACAAUAUACUGUGCAACGCGACCGACUGCCGUUUUGUAUUGAAAAAAAACUUGCUGUUCUUCAUUUUUUCCUUCGGCUCUGCAUUUAUCUUUUUCAUAGUUCUCGUUUCUACAGGGUCAGUUUUAAAUACCAUUAUUGUAAAUAGAGGUUGUUUCUAGAGAGUUCACUUUCAACCGGGUAAAGAAGUUACUACAUGCAAAAGGACGAAAAGUACCUCCGUCUUCUCCAGUUUGCAACGGUAAGAAAAUUGAACCAAAGAGCUCACUCAGCGAAAUACUUCAGAAGUUGAGGAAAAACGCGGACGAAGAAUCGGGAACAAGGUUUUAGAUGUCGCGAAAUCCCCUGAUCUCAACGGAAGCUACGUUGUCAUGAAUCCUCCAAAAAAUCUCUUGAACAGUCUGGCCAUUUUUCCACGGGAUAAUUUAUUGCUAACACCAUAA